GUGUUUUGAUAUAGUCAUAGUCGUGGCUGUUGGCUGCUUCAGGUAGCAUGGCUAAGGACAAUGAUGAGGGCAGCAUCAGCCCAGGCAAAGCUGGUGCCAAAGACCCAAUGUCGGCAUUGAAAGAACGCACUGCUGCCAGUGCCGCGGAAAGGGAGCGGGCUGCCAAGGAGCGAGCAGAGCGCGUCAAGGCGGGCGUGGAGGAAGCCCGGAAAAAGAGGAAACUGGAGGAGGCCAAAAGAUUGAAAGAAGAGGCUGCGGCUGCUGCCGUGACAAAGAAAGCUAAGGGGGCAGAUGACAUCUUGGAAAGUCUUUACGGCGGCUUGCCGCCGCCUGAUCCAAAGAAGGACGAGCAGUUGGCAGUGAAGGUCAAAGAGAGGGAUACCUGGAAACAACAUCGUUUCCCACCUUUGCCGGCGGAAGAGCCAUCCAAGGUGAUUUUCCUGGAUGUUGAUGGAGUGCUUCGGCCACUCACAGCCGGUGGCUUUCGCUCCAUGAUGGUGGACGGUGAGUGGGCGCUUCGCGCUGAAACAGCAGACUUCAUUUCCGGAGCACUGCUGGCUCUUCGGCAUAUUGUUGAGACCACCGGGGCCAUCAUUGUGCUGUCGUCAGAAUGGCGGCGUGACCAGCCGAUGCGGGACGGUGUUGAUGCCAUCCUGGCAGAGUAUGAGAUGCGGCCGUGUGCCACCUGGACCCCAACCGACUUGCAAAGGGACAUGGGCACGGAGAACCCUUUCAAGGCGUUCACUGAGAGGCGUGCUCGAGAGAUCAGUCAAUGGUUGAAUACCAACCCGCAAGUCAAGCAAUGGGUCGUCAUAGAUGACAUUAACAUGGCUGAUGCAGACCUGGAGAGGGAUCCAGGGCGGAUCUCCUUGAGUGCUGACAGAUUCGAAGUGUCAGGUUUGGCUUUCAAAAAGGGCUGUCCCCAGGAAACAACUUAGACGGGUUGACAUGCUGGAUCGAACUGACAUCAGUGUUCGUUCCGCAGUGUCUUGCCAGGACAGGAAACCCGGUACUUUGCUCAUGGCUCCACGCAUCGUGCCGCAGCCAGUCGUGGCAAUACAACAAGCCCUUUCCAAAUAAGGGGGUGUCGGGGUCCUCGCAAGGGAGGGCUUGAGGAUCUGUCAGACUUUUCCGAUGGUAGCAAAACAAGAUGGUUAGGUUGUAAAUCCUUCCUGCGCCGCCUGUUCCGGCCAAGAGGUGCAGACGCAUCGCAAGAUUGGGCCGCACACUGAGCACAUUGCUCUACGGGGCAAAGCCGAGCAUCGGCAGUCGCCACUAACCUUCCUCGGUCCCCUUUCUCUCCUUUCUUUCCUCCAGCUUUUCGACCCGCUUCCAGCUCCAGGCUGACCAUGGAGCAGGCCAAGGCGGCCAUACGCCUGCUGAGGGGCGAGAAACUGCCUCCACAAGUGCUUCCCAUACAGCCUCUGGUGGAGUUGACUGGCUAAGCAGCGGAGGUAAUUAGCUGUGCGAUGCGCAGUGAGUUGGCACGGGCACAAGAACCUCGGGUGUCCCAAAGCACACUGUGCCCUGCCU